GGGUGGGGUGGGCUGAGCUGAGCUGUUGAAAUUCUUUCUGUAAUAUUCUCCCCUGUUAACGUAUAUGUUCUAGAGGAUAGAGUCAGUUGAUUGUAGAGUUUUGUAUUAUAAGCAAAACAGAACCAAACCGGGUAGACCAGCACAUGGAUCUGUAUGAACGUAGAGGAACUUUUAAAUCUUGGAAGAUUUUACUUUCACCCAUAUUGAGGGUAGGGAGUGGGCAAGAAUGCAGUGUGGAAGUAAGUGCCCACCAGAUUCCACACUGGCUCCUUGUUCCUCUUCUCCAGUCCAUCCAUGUUGGGGAAAGUGUUCAGGUCAUGGAUAGUUUCUCGUGUUGGUAUUUAUCAUUCAGAUGGUGUGUGAUGAAACAAAGCAGGCACCAAAAUUCAUAUCCUUAUGAACUCUCUUUAAUGACGUCUUCUUAACUUUGUGGGGCUAUUAAGCCAGCCUGAUUUUGAACAAACUUUUUUGGAUGGGGUAAGAGGAGCAUUAUAAAGCAGGAUAGAGAAGGGGGCCAAGGGACUCAAGGGAUAAGCCAGGGAAGCACAGAAAGUCAAGCGAGGAAAGCAGAGAUGUUCUAGAAUGCUCUAGAGGAGAACUAGCAUGUAUUAGGAUUUGAAAUGGUCAGAAUAUCUCCUCAGCCUCCUUUGCAGUACUUCCUCUUGCAGCGAGAAUUUUCUUUUGAGACAAGUGUUGGCCAAGUGUUGGUCGGUCCCUUGGCAUGUAGCAUAGCUCCUUGUCCUGGACAAUAAGAAAACUGCUUUAAUGGCCAGGAAUAACAGCUUAUAGGGGACCUCGUGGCUCUGGGGGAAAAAAAAUACAAAAACCUUACAGUGGCAGAAAUUAAAAAGUAGAGUAGAACUGGAUUCCAAAGGCUUGUGUUACACCUACUCCUCCUCACUUACAGACUGUCUUGGUAUCUGGCAUUUCGCAUUGAUGACAAUAGUAAAGAAUCUACUAUCUGACUAUUUUGUGCAUUAACGGUGUAUGUCUGGCAGUAACAAAUGCUGAGGUGUGAGGCAAGAGUAACAUUAGCUGUGGUAGUUAAGGUUAUGUGUCAGCUGAUUCUCAGUGGUUUGGCAGUUAUGUAAUGACAUAAUUUGGCAGUCAUUUAAUGAUGUAACUUGGCAGGCAUGUAAUGAUGUAAUUUGGCAGUUAUGUAAUGAUGUAAUCAUGCUCCAUUUUGUUAUCUAGAAUGGUCAUCCCCCAUUCUUGAAUAAGGCCGAUUUCACAUAACAAAUUGGCCUUUGGAACCUAACCAUGUCCAUAAGUGAGGAAUGGGUGUGUAUGGAUUUGGAUGUGCUGUGGGCAAACCGAUAGGAAGAGAACAGAGUGAGAAAUAGUCUAAGUGGCUGCAAGGACCCCGUUGGUGGGUAGGGUAGUGUUGACUGGCUCUCCCAAUGUGAAUUUAGUUAGGUGUUUCACUUUAUCUUCCAGAAACUCCCUAAAGCAAGUUGAGGUCUAAGAUGUCCUUCAGAAAUCUCUUGGCCAUCUAUUGUUCUAUGACCAACAGCAAUUUUUUCUUACUUUCUUUGAAGAUAAAUUAUUUUGGGGUGAUGGUGACUUCAGGCUAUUUUUGAAUCUUUGGCUAUUGGCUUGAAAUCUUUUUGUUGUUAUUUUCACAUCAACCAAAGCAAGAAAGUUUCACUGAAUCCCCCUGCAGAAUAUAAUAAGUGUUGCCUUUCAUCGGGGAAGCAAACUAUUUACAGCCGUAACAGGGUUUACAAUGAAUUGUAUAAGUGGUACUGACUUCCAUGUCAGCAAAAAAUGAAACAAAAACUGAUCAUAGAUGACAUUACCUAAAUAACAGUACCUACGUGUGUCCUUUCUUUCACAUUCGCUGUAAUCCUGUUAUGCGUUGCCCUGUUACCUCAAGUACUGUCAUCUUUAAACGCUGUCAAGUCAUAACUGGAUUGCUAAGGACAGAGGAGAGGGAUCGGUGAGAACACAAUGGCGUUUCCCAACACAUCACAGAGACCGUCUUCUUCUCCCUCUCCUAGGCUGAGUUCAUGGAGAAAUCGUCAAGUCGAAAUGAUGACUCAGGUAUCUUUUAUAGACUUUGAUGAAGCACCCAGAUCCACCCUUCAUGCUCCGAGAAGGAUAGUGACACCCUCUUUAAACAGCCAGUGAAACAAACCCUGCCAGGAUAAUUUUAAUGUCUCUGCAUAAUGAGAAUGGAUCAUGAGUAAUAUUAUUACUGUGUUUGUAAAACCAAGGUCAAAAGUCACAGCAAAGAGCGGGAUCUCUUCAAGAGCUUAAUAUCUGAUUGCUCUUCAUAAUACUGCCCCAGAGUUGGUGAAGGGUUCCAUUCUAUAGAUGGAAAAACUGAGUCAUGAGAACUUUAAAGGCAGGUGUCAGUAGCCAGCGUGGGGGGACAUUCAUGUUUUGUGUUUGCGCCACCUAUCUGUGCCCCACCUCACAUAUUUAGACAAAAUUCUUAUCCAGGCAUCCCAUAAAAGGUUCAUAAAUUUCCAGUCUUCAUCUUUCUGCAGCUUUCUUAGAAUGGCUGAUGGGAAAAUUGCUCCAUUAAAAUUAAGCCUCUUGCUCUUGACAUUCUAUUGGUCAUAAAUAAGCAAGUGGGAAACGGUUACUUUGUACACCCUUGUUAAAGACUGGUUUGGGUGUCAGAGAGUAGGGCUAACUUAAGGGGUGCUGGCUAAGGCUUCUUUUCCAUGCAUUUUAUUAUUAUUUUUUUUUUUUGCUUUGGAUUUUAUAACGGUAUAAUUUAGUUUUUCCUUAAUCUGAUUCUGUAUUCAUCUUUUAAUAUAUAAUGUUGAUUAGUAUGUUCUAUUAUUUAUAGCCCUCCAGAAGGAUCUCAAGGAAAGAUAAUCUCCAUUUGAGAAGACAAUUUCCCGAUUUCCAUACAGAUGAUGGAAAAAGUAACUGCCCAUUACACAGCUUCUCCCGCUGAGUUUUCUCCUGAAACUCUCAGUGUGUGGCAUUGGGGACUCCAGACACCCCAAAGCCACACUGGAGGUGCAGCAGGGGCUGGGCUGCCAUUAAGGUGAAGGGACUGGCUAAUUGACUUGCAAAAUACAGGUUAGGGAGGUUUAUGAGAUAUCAAAUUAUCUUACUCUUUCUCUAUUAAAGGCAAAAUAUUAUACUAAGUAGAUCAUUACAUGGAUAAAAGGUUAGGACUUCACACACUUAAGGGUGUAGUGUGGUCUUUCCCCCUCCCACCUUGUGGUGAAGGAUCUCCGCUACUAACGGACAACUCACUGUUAAUAAAAAAAUGGAAGUGUGAAAUGUCUGAAUAGCUAAGUUAUAUUUAUAAGAGGGGUGUUUGCCUUCAAUUUGAAUUUCCUGAGUCUUUGUGAUUCUGAUGGAAAAGCAAUUUUUUUAAAUUGAGUGUUAAUUUGUUUUGUUUACAUUUCUGUUAGCAGGGAAAAGGGAGAAUACAUGAAAGGUGGAGUUAGCAGAGGGCAGGGCAGUGGCCAGGUCGAGGGGCUGAACGACUCCUCUCAGGUAGCUUGUGGGUGGCGUUCACAGGACUUUGGGUGGAAACCGCCCUCAGUGAAGGUGGUGGUCGGCCUGAGAUAGUGGGCUGCUUCUGUGUCAUGCCGUGAUAUCUUGGCCAACCGUCUAAUGCCAUAAAGGUCUUAGUAUUUGUUCUUCCUGAAAAAAAGGUCCAGGUCCUUGUUGUUCAGUUGGCUCUUCCAUAUGUCUGAUGACAAUCUGCGAAUUAAUCCAUCCUGUUGUCCAUUUCUGUGUAUUAUUUAUUUCAAAACCCAUGGACCUCAUAUCCACAACAGUGUUUGUGGUUUGCAAAAAGGGACAAUUUCAAGUUUUUCUUGAGCAUGAUGUAGCUAUAUUCUUUCAAUUUUUAAAGAUAGCUAGGUCUUCAGAAAUUAAAGUGUGUGUGUGCGCGUAGACAUGUUACAGGUUUCUCUGAAUUUCUCAUAUCAGUACAUAACUACAUACGUGUGCAUGAAGUUAACUCUUAGCAUUUGGCCACCUCAUUCUCUGAUUGUGUGUGGAGGUGGGGCAAGGUGGGCUAGGAGAGCUGUGAUUGGUGUCUUGAUUUGAUGUGUGGGAGAGAGAGCCAAUCACAAGCCAUUCUCUGGAAAUAAGCCAUGGCCCACCCACAGAGCAUUGAGACAGAAGCCCUAGCCAGCACCAGCCUUCCCAGAAUGUCUCCAAAUUCAUUUGAGAAUGAAGAAGGGCUCUACUCUUUUUUCACUGUGGUAACAUGCAUGUAAGGAAGCAUUUCAGCCAUUUUUGCACGUGCAAUUCAGGGGCGUUAAUUAUGCCCACUGUGUUGUGCAACCAUCACACCUUUUUUUUUUUUUCCCUCCAAAUUUUUUCAUCACCUGUAGUCCUCUAUCCUUGACCUGCUGGUAGAACAAAGGUCUUAGAGACCUUAAGUAGACCUGUACACAGACCCCUAAAUAUACCAAACAAAUAUUUUUUUGUGCUGGGGGAGGAGAACCAGGGCAGAAGGUUGGAAAAAGAAAGUGGGAGAUAGAAACGUUAAAAUGUGUGAUCUGUUCCCCAGCCCUCUUUUUCAAAAAUGGGGGUCAGAUCUACCAAUAUGUAUUUCUAGACAAAGCCGUCUAGUUGGCGAAGUGGUAUAUCUGGGGACCUGGAAUUUCUGUGUGACCUUAGGGAAACCCUUGACUGUGGGUCGGGCUCAGCCCAUUGAUCACAAGGACAAUGUUAGUAUUUAUAGACCAUGUUUGACGGUCCCGAGUGAAAGGUAACGUCACUUCUCACCCCAGAAUAGUAAGCGUUGUCUCUCAUAUCUAGGCCGCUGGGACAGUUCCUAGGAACCUGACAUUCUUCAGCUUUGUGAUGUUGAAUGGAGGGUUUUUCUUUUUAAAUGAGCUGAUUGGUUUUUGCUACUUUCCACAUUAUCUUCCAGGUCUAGGUUUUUUCUUGUUUGUUUGUUUGUUCUCCUCAUGGGCAGCAUCUAAAAGAUUAGGGGGCCUGAGCUGGCUCAGACCAUCCUGUUGUUUUUAGUUAGUUUAAAGGCAUGAGGGACUAUCCUGAGCCUGGCGUCUGGGAACAGACGACGAGGCCAACAGCAGCAGGGUGCAGUGGAGGUGGAGGCCUGGCCUCUGCUGGGCUUAGGGGUCCACUGUGACUAUUGAUAAUAUUCUCCUGGAAGUGUUUGCAGGGGUCAUCGUGUUCCACCUUGCCCAGUGGCUGCGACUUUAGUCAAUCCUGGGCUUGCAUGAGUCCUUCAGUCCAUCAUGGCACCCCACCACCCCAUCCCACUGCGUUUCAGAAGCCAACAACUGCAAGGCCAGAUUCCCAUCACCUUCUAGCCCUCCUGCGUUUGCUUCUGGGGACCUCAAGGAAGGAUCAGGCUGCUUAGGGAAUUGGACUUUGGCCUGAUGAGACAGACAGCUUUAGGAAAUAUGGCAGUGAGCAGCAAUAGCUUAUUCUUCCAGGGCUGUGCCUUGUUGGGGUGAUGGUGAUGGUGGCAUGUGUACAGACAGUUUUUAUAUUUCCUAUUUUGAUUUACAUACUGGUCUCUUUUGUCCAAGUCCUAAGCAAGUGCCACAGUAGAUUUGUUUUUGGCCUGAGCUUGAUGACCUUGAGAGCACACCUGUUCAUGAACUCCUGGUCAUGAGUAUGCACACAACCCAUAGCGAGCCACUGGGAAACGAGAAUUCCUAUAAUUUCGAGGCCUCACUUUGGGAUGGUGAUGAGGGCAGGAGACCUUGACCCACAUGCAUUUUUGCUUGAGUCCUUAACCUUCCCUUCCCUCCUGAUCCUUUCUUCUCCUGUGUGAGGUCCCCCUUCUGGUAAAGAAAGCAGGAGCCAUGCUGGAGUGCAGACUUGGCCCCAGCCUCACCAGGUGCAGUUGCUGACCAGCACUGGAAAAUAGGAAAUAUUGUUUUAAAAGGAGGGGCAGUUUCUGUUCCACAAUCAGUGCUGUCUCAGUAGAAGAGCAGCCUGGUUUAUCUUUCAAACCGACUUCCCUUUCUGGUGAGAGCGAGUGGCUUUAGCAGCAGAGCACCCUGAGGGUGAGGGAGGGAAGGUGGGAGAAGGGAGAUGCCGGAGAGAGAGGGCCCGAAGGAAGGGAGAGGGGAGAGGUGGACGAAAAGAGGGAAGAGAGGAGGCGAAGAGGGGGUGAGGGGAAGAGAGAGUUGAAAUUGGAGCUGGCUGUAGCAGAAUGUGAGGACUGAUUUCGCCAGGGAGACAGGCCGCCCUGGUCACCUCCUGUGUCACUUCCUGCGAGGUGGCUGUGGUGGUUGAACUCCUGACACCGUCGGAGGCUGGACGACCCUGCCAGCUCCAGGAAGGGCAGUCCAACAAUGGUCACGGGCAAAGCAUCAAAAGCACAGGCUGUCGAUAGUGUCCUGCGUUUGCAGAACGUCUCAGGGCUUCCUCAUUAACGGAGAAGCUCUAAAUUAGAGGAAAGCUGCUCGACAAGCCCCUCAGAUGCGGUGAGUGCCGCGGUGCAGACGGUCAUUACAUCUGACAUGCUUCUGAUUUUUAACAGAAGCUGUGAGACUAACCAAGAGCCCGGGUGGUGCAGUGGUUAAAGCGCUCCGCUGCCAACUGAAAGGUCAGAGGUUCAAACCCACUAGUUGCUCCAAGGGGAAAAGAUGUGGCAGUCUUCUUCCCUAGAGAUUUAUAUCCUUGGAAACCCUAUGGGGCAGUUCUACUCUGUCCUGUAGGGUCACCAUGAGUCGGAAUCGACAUGACGGCAGUGGGUUUGGUUUGGUAUGAGACUAACUCACUCAUAACGGUUCAGUUUCAAGUGGGGAAAAAAGGCACCAAGAAAAAAAAAAAAAGGAAGAAGAAGAAAGGAAAAGAAGGAAGAAUGAACAAGCAACAAGAAGAAAAAGAAUAAGCAAGAAAGAGAAAUCCCCAGCCUGGUGGUUCGGGCAAACGCUCAGACCCCACCCCCGGGUCCUUGCCUUUGUUGCUAAUGGGAGCAUUCAGAUACAUUUUCUGUUUUAGAUUUUCCUUACUGUAAUCCGCUUCGGCUAAUAUGCCAGCUCGUGCAUUUGAUGCUUCCUGGAGACUCGUCUCCGGUAAGUUAUCUCUGACCGUUGCAGCUUUCCACAGGGAUUGAGUUGUUGAAAACUGUGUCCCAUACAGCAAUGACUUGAAUAUUGCAAUCAAAAGACAUGGUAUGGGCAGCAGUGGAUUUGGAGUCUACCUUGGACCCAGAAACAGAUUGUACCCGGAACUUGCUUUGAGGUCAUUUGGGGAGACAGCCCAGGCCCCCCAGCCCUUUCCAGGGCCGUUUGCACCAUGCACAGGGGAAGGGAACUUGAAUCCCAGUUUGAGGCAUUGAUUUAAAUCAGCUUUCAAGGGCCUCAAUGGAGCAGAUCAUCUGUUUGUCUUCCUUUUUGGGUACCUCUACCCCAAGACCAUUUCUCUGCAGGGGAUCUACAUUAGAGAGGGGGAGGGCUGCAGUCCUUGAUUGUGGGCUAGCGUCCUGCAGGCAGCACAGCACCAAUGGGGCAACACAUAGCAAGUCUUCUCUUGCCCGUUUUGAUGCUCCUCAAACUACCCACUCCAUCCUUGCAGUUACUCCUGGGACAUAAAUAAUACAAUGUAUCACGCUGCCCACAUCUUCUCAAACACCUCACAACGCCAUCCCAGGCUGAAGUGCGGGCUUCCUUGCAGCGCCUUUCUCGGUAAAUCAGAGUUUGCACAUUUAUCAGGGAAAGUUAGAUUUAAGCCCCAUUCCUCUCAUGUUGGAAAGAAGAACAUUCAUUUCGGUGGGGACUCUGCCAAUCAAUGAUCUUUCCACUUGACUCUGCUAUCAAUUAUUGCUGCGAUUAUUUGUCUAGCUGGAUAUUUAAAAUGUCAUCAGGAAGAGAUGAUUACAUAUUCCAGAAAGGAAGGUACUGUAUAAUCAGAUGAACUCAAUCCAGUUAAAUGUGGUGUUGGACCGACCUCCCCUUCCAAGCAGAAUUCUUGAGCUACCUCGGAAGCAGCCGCCUCUGCCCCGGGUUUGGGAACCUGAGCUAACCUUGGGAUGCAGCGUGCUCUCGGGGCUGGGUGAUACUCCAUCUUGGGAAACUUUCCAGGUCUGAAAAUGCAUGGCUUCUUCAGAUACACAAGAAGUGCAUUUUGGCUAUCGCAUUCACUUCAUCUGCAGAUCUAUAAAUAAGAAGUCCCUCCAGUUCCUCUGGCUUCCUGUGGAUUGAAAUGCCAAAUCCUGGGUUGUGGCGAAGUUUUCACAUGGCCCUGCCCCACUCCCAGUGCCUGGUGCCCGGGAACUCAGCAGCGUCAGUGGAAACUGCGACUGUUUGGAAGCCAAGGAAAAGUGCCAGUUCUCACUUCCCUCCAAUUCUGGAUAUUCUCGGCCCAGCUCCAUCCAUCAGCCUUCUCCCCACACACCUCCUCCACGCACACCCUCCUUCUGUCCUCUCCGUGAACAAGAAACAGAAAUCUGGCUCCAAUUUUUUUUUUUUUAAUGGGGGGAAAAAAAACCCACAGCCUGAACAAACAACAACAAACUGAACUAAGCUAAAUGCUCUAGACAGAAUGGUGGUACAGCAUUGACUAAGUGUACAGAAAUCCCCCAUUUAACAAGUCUGAGUCAGGAGACCCUAGAUGAGGGAAUGUUAGGCUGGGAAACAUCAGUCCUCCCACCGUUCUUUGGGCACCAAGAUUGGAACUGACCACAGGUUCCAGAGAAGUUCUCUGUAUCUGGGUAGGUUUCCGAGUAUGAGGAUUUUUCCGAGUGUGGUCAGUGGGAGUCAGAAUUGACUCCACUGCAGCGGGUAUGGGGAUGGCUAUCGUCAGGGCCUUUCCCAGUUCACUCCCCGGAGAGCUUGCUGGGCUCUUUUUAUUCCAGGACACUGUGGUGCUCCAACGGGUAUGGGGAUGGCUAUCGUCAGGGCCUCUCCCAGUUCACUCCCCGGAGAGCUUGCUGGGCUCUUUUUAUUCCAGGACACUGUGGUGCUCCAACGGGUAUGGGGAUGGCUAUCGUCAGGGCCUCUCCCAGUUCACUCCCCGGAGAGCUUGCUGGGCUCUUUUUAUUCCAGGACACUGUGGUGCUCCAAAGGUUCUCCUACUACAAUGGGAAAUGUAUUGAUGGUCUGUUAGAAAACUAAUCUCCUGUGCAAGGAGAGAGGGGAAGCCUUGAAAACACAGGAGCCCUGAGUAGUGUGUGCCUGUGUGUGCUGAGUGUACGAGAGAGAGAGAGAUAUGAGGAAGGGGGCUUAUCAAAGAAUGAUUUUUAAAAGCAUCACGUCCCACUGAAAUGGAGAAGAAACCCGGUCACCCAGGUGCCUGCAGUGGAUGUCACCCUUGUCCCCACUCCUUCAUGGGUGUGCUCAAGGACUCCUGUCUUGCCUUGGUUUCCUGCCAAGCUCUGCAGCUCAGAGACCUGGUGGCAUCAGUUCCAGUCGAGGUGCUCCAGGUUGGCUGCCCACACUCCCCUCUUGGGGAGCAGAAAUUACUUUGACCCUGAAAGCAUGGUUAUGCCUUGUGGUGGGUGAGGUGUAGCGUGUUAAAACCUCAGAUGAGGUGUAAAGGGAGGGCACGGCUUAGCUCUUUGGGGACCACAGCGAGGCUGAUUGCUACUGUUCUGUUUUCACUUUUCCUGGGACCCUUGCCCUGAUCGUUUCCAGAGUGUAAGUGUUUCUCUCUUCAUACCCUCCAAUGCGUCCCAAGCAAAGGUGGAUGUCUGGCUUUGGGUACAGAGUGUUGGGUGGGAAGGGAAGCUCUCCCAGGUUUGUCUGCUAAACCCAGGGCUGUCAAUGUACAUUGCAGAAUCCUUGCCAGUCAUCCUGCUGGAAAGCCCGGACCUCACAGAGCUCACAAAGGCUCUGCGUUCUUUCUUCCCUGGGCUGUGGCCUCCAUGGGGCUGUGCCAGGCCCUGUUGCAACUUGGGCGAUCGAGGAGGUGUGGGCUGUUGCAGGUGUGCUCCAAGCCUGUGGCGGGGAGGUGGGUGAGGUCAUCCAGCCGGCUUUCAACCGGCCUUCCAUGGCUAGCUUCCCAGCCCUAUUGCUAAGCCCUUUUAAUGGAGCAAAACUGUAGGUUCCGUAUAGGAUUGUUUCAACCGAAGGACUUCACGCUAUUCUUUCUGUUGGGGCGGGGAGAUGGGGGUGCCGGUGGAGGAUGAGCAUAGAGGAGAAUGUGGGGCUGCUUUAAAAAAACUAAAAAAAAAAAAAAAAAAAAGAGGGAGAGGAGGGUGACCCAGACCAGGUAAUUGAGACAAGUCAUCAGAAGAUUGUGAUGAAAUUCGACACCCAUUGUAACUCCUCUAACAGGUAAUUUACUCCGCGUUUGGAUGGUGAAUUAUCAACCCAAUUGUCUGUUAACAACCACCGAGUAAAUAUGCAAUCACAGAUUGCCGAAAUGGUACUGUGAACCCGAUGGACCAGCAUCCACUCUCAAGGGGCUGCCAUCACCGACUGGGUCAAGGCUGAUCCGGGUCCUUCUUGGUUGGUGAAUCAUUUACCCAGGAGAGCCCCAAGACUGCCAGAAGGGAGGGUUUCCCCGUCACUGCGGGCUCCAGGGCAGGGUCCUUCCAGCCAGGUCUUUUACGAGAACUCUCCAGCAAGACGAAAAGUCCACCAGACAGACUUGGUUUCUGAGUAUUUGUUGAGGGUCUCUUCUUUGUCCAGAAAGGACGAUGUAGUCUUGGUUCUCAGAAGGCUUGAACUUGAGCUAGGGAAUCGGCAGUGGUAGGUGCAUGAGAACUUGGAGUCCUUGGUCCAGGAGAAGAGUAAUAGAGGGCUGGGGGUCCUCUGUACCCCAGCAGAGUCCCACCAGGUGCUUCACGCCCCUGAGCUGAGUGUGAGUGCCCUCGGUACACAGAGGGCAGCCCUCAGCGGGGCCUCUGCCCGCCCGCCCAGGGAAGUCCACAGCCUGCUCCUUGCUGGAGGAGCCGCCAGCUCAGCCAAGAGCCGCAGGCCAUAAAUGCAAAGUAUGAUUUAACAAAAGCAGCUUUUGAGUGAGAAAGCGGAGCGGAGUUGUCCCAACCUGUGAACUUAGAUUUCGUUCCUCCUCCCCAUAAAUCAAAAAAGAAAGAAAGAAAACGGUUGGGGGAAGGGAGGGACAGAAGCAUUUCAUUUUCAGAUUUUGUAAGAAAAUAAAAUCAAAUCAAAAGAACCUGUCCCACGCUGAUACCUUACGUGCCAGGCUUGAGCCUGAGGCAAAUUUUUGUGGCCGUGUAAUAAGCCUCUUUAAAAUGGUGAUAGACCCUUGACUCUUUGCCUUGAGUUACGUUGAUAAAAGACGUUUUAUUGCGUUAGAGCCGGGGCAGGAGUACAGGACGGUUCUUGCCUGGUCGGCCUCUUUGAAACCACGUCAGCCCUCCUGUCCACACUCCCCACUGCCUGACGGGGCUUCAGCGCCGUGGUGGCGGCGAUCUGUGGGCCGGUGACAGCGAGGGCUUUCUACCCAGCCUUCGAAAGUUGAGGCUCUGGGAGCAAGGGGAUUUCAGCCUGAGGGGUUUGUUAAGGGAGAGCUGAGUCUGGCACGUUCCUGGUAGACCUGAGAGAUCUGGACACUGGUGGCUCCAGGUCAGCCUCGUGUUGGGACUGCCUGGAAAGAGAGUGUAGCUGGGAAUGCCGGACCACAAACCUCACUUCCAGGGUGGCCUUAACAGCUGUGACCUCUGUGUGUCAGAGUUGAACUGCUCCACAGGGUUUCCUUGGCUGUACUUUUUUAUUCUUGGUGGAGGGAGAAGGUCGCCAGGCCUUUCUUCUGUGGUGCCUCUGGGUGGAUUCAAACUACCAACCUCUAGGUUAUUUGUACCACCCAGGGACCAAGUGGCCUUAUAUACAUACAUACCUGUUGCCACUGAGUCGAUUCUGACUCAUAGCGACCCUAUAGGACAGAGUAGAACUGCACUAUAGGGCUUCCAAGGAGUGGCUGGUGGAUUUGAACUGCCGACCAUUUGAUUAGCCACUGUAGCUCUUAACCACUGCACCACCAGGGCUCCAAGUGGCCUUAGAGAGAUUCAGAAUAACAGAUGAGCUUAUAAUCGCCCCAGUAGUGUGCUGUCCCUCUGGCCCCCCUCCUCCUGGUGCCUGUGGAGAAAGGAAAGGGGGAAUGUGGUCCCUUUGCCUAGCGAGGCCAGGUCUCCAAAAGCUGUAUUCCCAAGUGGUCAGAUCCAGUGAGCAGAAAGAAAUUGACUGGUGUGUUCCUGGUGUGAGGAGCUUGGAGGUGUCUAGUAACUCUGGAGGUUGCCUCCAUUGAAUCAGCAGAAUUAGUAAACCUGGCGACAGCCACCUGCACCCACCCUGUGGCUGGAUGGGGGCCUCUCUCUGAAAUGAUUGCAAAUUAUACCUGUGACUAUCUCCUUUUUGUUCACAUCACUCUUUCCAGGUUGGUCAGUGAUAUAAAUGAAAGGUUAGAAAUAGGGUCAAAAGCCAGGAAAAUAACUAUGAAGCCAAGAAAAUAGGACUCAGAUAACUGCGUUUACCUCUCCUUUGCUCUGUGGUACCCUAGUCAUAAGGCUUGGGACGGAGGCCGGCUCUUGGCUGCUCCGUGCGUGGGUGGAGGACCGGCUGCUGAGGGACUGAGGAGAUGGUAGCAGCUGCCCCCGGGCAGAAGUCAGAGGAGCCCUGGGUGGUCAGAGACCUGUUCCUGAAAGAAGGACUCACGGUCUGGCCUCACAGGGCCAGAACCCUCCUGGGUCCCAUCUCACCUCAGGCGAAAGGGCAGCCUACUUUUGUUCUGAAGAAAUGUCAGAGCCUGACCUGCUAGACCAUUUUCUUUUUAGUUUAUAGGGCUUUGAAGCCUUAAAUUAGUCCUCAUAAUUUCUGAACAGUUCUUUGUUAACCGUAGGACAUAACAGAUUUUAAUUCUGGAGAAUGGCCGGUGCUGGCUCUAAGAAUCUCUUGGCCAAGGUUGUCACAGAGUGUUAGGCUGAUGGUGUGUGCAUUCCCCACUUCCUCCGAUGUACAUGUGACACUGUAUUGUCCCAGAAAAGCAAGCGAUUACCUGUAUGUGGUUUUGGGACUAGGGUCCAGACAGUGCUUUCUGCCUUGGCCCACCUUGAUGGCUCCUGAGGCGAGUGGAGUGGAUGGCAGACAUAGUUUGGCCCCCAUGGAGGUGGCAGGAUUCUGCGCUCACCCCGCUGGUCUGCGACCUUCAGUAGGAUACUUCUGAGAUCUUCCAUGUUCCACUGGGGAGCUGGGAAUAAUGACACGUCCCACAGGGUUACCGUGAGAAAUGUACUUUGGGAAGAAUAUAAAGCCUCCCCGCAAAGGCCAGGACAUACUUCCUUUGGAAGGGCCAGGCUUGAAGGCAGAAUUCUCUAAUUUAGCCAGUAGUGGGAGUGGCCUGACGGAGCCUUCCUGGGGUGCUGGUUCUUCUGACUGGUCUCCCAUUGAAGAGUUGCACCAACUAGUCAUGGAGGCAAGACAAGUGAACUCUAGCUCUCUGGGCUCAGUGUUGCCUGGGCCUACUCAUACCUACUGACCAAGCCUUUCUCUUUCCUAGUCACGCAGCCUGCCUGCCUCCACCGACUUCCUCCUCCUCAAGGCCCAGCAACACCUGAAAACCUCAGGGGUCUUCUUUCAGGUGUCGAGCUUAGUUUUCUUUAGCUUAUUUUGGCAUUUUAUGGAGGCCCAUCAGAAUGAUGAUAUAGUGGCAUAAAUUGCAUUUGUUGGGAGAUGACAGAUAAAAAGACUCAGGGUGGCCUCUUCAGAGUAAUUUGGGAGUUGCAUGUUCUGCUGGCUUUGAUAGACAAGUCCUUCACUCCCUGGCUAGUGUUUAUCAGACUUAAAACAUUUGUUAAGCGAAUGGUCAGUCUCAUCAGACCCAUCCUGACAGCCCAAAGGCUUUUUCCUCGCCUCAGUGGGAAAUGCUCAUUCCCGCUCCCCAGGCAUCUGGUACUAAACUCAUGAGAAAUUGAGGUGUUGUUUUUGAGGCUUUCCAGGUACCUGAGACUAUGAUCCCAUUCUUUAUUUCUUGGGUGAGGUGGGGAGGGGGGAUUGGUGUCUACAGACACUUGUGAGUCUGGACAGUUUGGUUGGACAAACAUGUUCAGGGCAGUCUAGUUUUGCUCAGCCCUCCUGCCCACACAGGCCUUGUAGUCGAGUCCCACUUUAGGAGAAGCCCCAUAAACACCGAAGUCUCAUCAAUGGGAACGGAUAAAUUAGAAGAUAAACUUCUGCACUGGAGGGGCCUCUCCUCCCCUCGUUCUGCACACGGAGCUCUAAUCCCCACGCCUGGGAUGAGUGCAGAAUAUGCACCGCAGGGUAUUUGUAAAGAUGAGCCCAGCAGCUACACAUGUACAACUUGCAAACAGCCAUUCACCAGUGCAUGGUUUCUCUUGCAACACGCACAGAACACUCAUGGAUUAAGAAUCUACUUAGAAAGCGAACACGGAAGUCCCCUGACCCCCCGGGUUGGUAUCCCUUCAGGACUAGGUGCAGAAUGUCCUUCCCAGCCACCUCUCCAUGGGAUUCAUAUCGCAGACAAUAACCCCUUUAACCUGCUAAGAAUACCAGGAUCAGUAUCGAGAGAGGCUUCGGGCCUGGCAGAAGGGCGCUUUCCACCCACUCCCCCCCUGUUUAGUCCACCACCGAGACAUCACUUGGACCCCCACCGCAUAGAGCGCCUGGGGGCAGAAGAGAUGGCCCUGGCCACCCAUCACCCGAGUGCCUUUGACAGGGUGCUGCGGUUGAAUCCAAUGGCUAUGGAGCCUCCCGCCAUGGAUUUCUCUAGGAGGCUUAGAGAGCUGGCAGGGAACACGUCUAGCCCACCGCUGUCCCCAGGCCGGCCCAGCCCUAUGCAAAGGUUACUGCAACCAUUCCAGCCAGGUAGCAAGCCGCCCUUCCUGGCCACGCCCCCCCUCCCUCCUCUGCAGUCCGCCCCUCCUCCCUCCCAGCCCCCGGUCAAGUCCAAGUCCUGCGAGUUCUGUGGCAAGACGUUCAAAUUUCAGAGCAACCUGGUGGUGCACCGGCGCAGCCACACGGGCGAGAAGCCUUACAAGUGCAACCUGUGCGACCACGCGUGCACGCAGGCCAGCAAGCUGAAGCGUCACAUGAAGACACACAUGCACAAGUCGUCCCCCAUGACCGUCAAGUCCGACGACGGCCUCUCCACCGCCAGCUCCCCGGAGCCCGGCACCAGCGACCUGGUGGGCAGCGCCAGCAGCGCGCUCAAGUCCGUGGUGGCCAAGUUCAAGAGCGAGAACGACCCCGGCCUGAUCCCGGAGAACGGGGACGAGGAGGAAGAGGAGGACGACGAGGAAGAGGAAGAAGAGGAGGAAGAGGAGGAGGAGGAGCUGGCCGAGAGCGAGAGGGUGGACUACGGCUUCGGGCUGAGCCUGGAGGCGGCUCGCCACCACGAGAACAGCUCGCGGGGCGCGGUGGUGGGCGUGGGCGACGAGGGCCGCCCCCUGCCCGACGUCAUGCCGGGCAUGGUGCUCAGCUCCAUGCAGCACUUCAGCGAGGCCUUCCACCAGGUCCUGGGCGAGAAGCAUAAGCGCGGCCACCUGGCCGAGGCCGAGGGCCACAGGGACACUUGCGACGAAGACUCGGUGGCCGGCGAGUCGGACCGCAUAGACGAUGGCACUGUUAACGGCCGCGGCUGCUCCCCGGGCGAGUCGGCCUCGGGGGGCCUCUCCAAAAAGCUGUUGCUGGGCAGCCCCAGCGCGCUGAGCCCCUUCUCCAAGCGCAUCAAGCUGGAGAAGGAGUUCGACCUGCCGCCGGCCGCGAUGCCCAACACGGAGAACGUGUACUCCCAGUGGCUGGCCGGCUACGCGGCCUCCAGGCAGCUCAAAGACCCCUUCCUGAGCUUCGGAGACUCCAGACAAUCGCCUUUCGCCUCCUCGUCGGAGCACUCCUCGGAGAAUGGGAGCUUGCGCUUCUCCACGCCGCCCGGGGAGCUGGACGGAGGGAUCUCGGGGCGCAGCGGCACGGGAAGUGGAGGGAGCACGCCCCAUAUUAGUGGUCCGGGCCCGGGCAGGCCCAGCUCAAAAGAGGGCAGACGCAGCGACACUUGUGAGUACUGUGGGAAGGUCUUCAAGAACUGUAGCAAUCUCACUGUCCACAGGAGAAGCCACACGGGCGAAAGGCCUUAUAAGUGCGAGCUGUGCAACUAUGCCUGCGCCCAGAGUAGCAAGCUCACCAGGCACAUGAAAACGCAUGGCCAGGUGGGGAAGGACGUUUACAAAUGUGAAAUUUGUAAGAUGCCUUUUAGCGUGUACAGUACCCUGGAGAAACACAUGAAAAAAUGGCACAGUGAUCGAGUGUUGAAUAACGAUAUAAAAACUGAAUAGAGGUAUAUUAACGCCCAUCCCUCGCUCUCACCUGACACCCCUUUUUUUCACCACCCCCUUUCCCAUGGCCCUCCAGCCCCACUCCCUUAGGGUUUUUUUCUAGUCCCACGUGAUUUAAACAAAAACAAACAAACAGAAAUAACGGAAGCUAAGAACAUGAGAGUGCUUGUCACCAGCACACCUGUUUUUUUUUUUUUUUUUUUUUCCUUUUUUCUUUUUUUUUCCUUUAUGUUCUCACCGUUUUGAAUGCAUGAUCUGUAUGGGGCAAUACUAUUGCAUUUUACGCAAACUUUGAGCCUUUCUCUUGUGCAAUAAUUUACAUGUUGUGUAUGUUUUUUUUUUUUUUUUUUUAACUUAGACAGCAUGUAUGGUAUGUUAUGGCUAUUUUAAAUUGUCCCUGAUUCGUUGCUGAGCAAACAUGUUGCUGUUUCCAGUUCCGUUCUGAGAGAAAAAGAGAGAGAGAGAGAGAGACCGUGCUGCAUACAUUCUGAAAUACAUAUCAUGUACAGUUUUAUUAUAUAAUGUGAGGAGGAAAAACAGUCUUUGGGUGAACCCUCUGUGGACAGGAUAAAUAGCACUGAAAAAAAUAAUUCUCUAAGAGCUACACGUCUGUCUUUAAAGCGUUAAAAGUUACCAAGUGGAGAGGGAAGAAAGGCCUUGAAUUGACAAAUUCACAGAAAAACAAAACGAGUGUAUUCUAUCAGUUGGUUUUAAAAUAUGAGUGCCUUGGAUCUAUGAAAACCACAUUGAUGGUUCUUUCUACUUGUUACAAACUUGUAGCUUAAUUCUACAUUGGAUGAGGUAAUAAACCUUAGGACCUAGCAUGUAAUUCUACAUUCUAUUUCUCACAACAAUGGCUACCUAAAAGUAUGGCCCGUUAUGUCGUAGUUAAUCAUCAUUUUCCCUUUAGUUUAAUUUUGUAAACAAAACUGAUCAUACCAGUAUAAAAGCUAUUUUGCUCCUGGUGAGAGCUUAAAAGAAAUGGGCUAUUUUGCCCAAAGUUUUAUUUUUUUUUUAAAGGAUGAUUAAAUUGAAUGUGCAACAUGCAGAAGCCCGAAACAUAAUUAAAUACAUUAGUAAGGAAUUCAUUUUAUGAAGAUCCUUGUCUGGAAUAAUAUCUUUAAAAAAAAAUUCAGGCACCAAAAGAAAUAGAUCCAGAUUCAACUUGGUUGUCAAAUGGACAAUCAAAUUAUAAACUUUGAGACCUCGUAUGCCGUAUUUACAAAGGAGAGGCUGACAGUAAGUUUUGCCGGAGGGCAACGGAGGGAAAAAUAUGUGACUUAUUAGCACAACAUGGUACUCUUUGCCAUUUUAAACUAGAACAGGUGUAUAAGCUAAUGUUGAUACAAUGAUGAUUAACUAUGAAUUCUUAAGAUGUGCGUUUAAAUGUGACAUUCUUAAAAAAGAAGAGAAAGAAUUUUAAGAGUAGCAGUAUAGAUGUCUGUGCUCCCUAAAAGUUGUAUUUUUUUCAUAUACCGUGCGCUAUUUGUGUUAACAUGGAAGAGGAUUCAUUGUUUUUAUUUUAUUUUUAAAAUUUUUCUUUUUUAUUAAGCUAGCAUCUGCCCCAGUUGGUGUUCAAAUAGCACUUGACUCUGCCUGUGAUACCUGUAUCUUUUCUCUAAUCAGAGAUACAGAGGUUGAGUAUAAAGUAAACCUGCUCAGAUAGAACAAUUAAGUGCACUGUACAAUUUUCCCAGUUUACAGGUCUAUACUUAAGGGAAAAGUUGCAAGAAUGCUGAAAAAAAAAAAGAAAGGAACACAAUCUCAUUGAUGAGCAUUUAAAAAAAAAAAAAAAAAAACUUUGCCAGCCAUUUACUU